CCCACGCGCACAGCAGGACCGUUUAUUUGUAGAGUGAGCGCGAGGCGCGGGCUGCGCAUCCUCUGAUGCAUUUAUGAUUCAAUACUGAAAACGCGUCAUAUUUUCCCCUUUUAAACAUUUUAUUCUAUGUCGAACAGUAGCUUUUGUUUCUAUAUUUAAUAGUAUCUUGUGUUUUUUAUUCGUUACUAAGUUCUGGUAUGUUGUUACAUGUCGUAAACUGCACAACACAAGAUAAAAAUCUACUUUAUUUGUUUUAAUUCUUAAGUUCUAUUCUCGAAAAGAUGCCCCGUGGAUACAUUUCCCAGUUUUGAACUGAAUUUGUUCCUCCGGAAGUGGCGACAUCGUCAAGUUUAAAAGGUUCAGAGACUGUGAAAAAAGAAGCAAAUGGAGACCCAUAACUGCUGAGAUACUAGUGCUCCCUUCCUUUAUUAUCCUCCUCUUCCUCUCCUUACCGAAAACCAGAGAUGAGCUCAGAGGAGAAAAGCUCCAUCAUGUCCCAGAAGAUCUCAUCUCCUUCUCACAGCAACAGCAGUUCUUCAUCCAAACAAGACAGCAGACAGGACAGCUGGGAGAUCGUGGAGGGCUUGCGCGGUGGUCUGUCUAUUGUGCAGGAGCCAGAGAGUCUAGCGGACUACAUGCUGAAGAAAAGAAAAUGGCCUAUGAAAGGUUGGCACAAGAGGUUCUUCUACUUAGAAAAGGGCAUUCUGAAGUACUCGAAAUCCCCAACAGAUAUCGAGAAGGGCAAGCUCCACGGCUGCAUCGAUGUGGGUCUGUCCGUCAUGGCCAUUAAGAAGAAAGCCAAGUGCAUCGAUCUGGAUGCUGAAGAAAACAUUUAUCACCUGAAGAUUAAAUCCCAGGAGCUGUUUGAUAAAUGGGUCUCGAAGCUCCGUCACCACAGACUGUACAGGCAGAAUGAGAUCGCCAUGUUUCCUCACGAGAAACCUCUCUUUCACUCCCAUUACCCCCACACCUCAUCCCCCACCACACCUGACAGUCAGUCCUUCAGAAAGCGGGCAUCUCUUGUGAGACAGUCUUCCUUUCCAACGCCUGUAUCUUUUACAAGUCAGGCUAAAGUGAGCGCUUGGCUCCAGUCUUCAGAAGACAUGGACAGGUGCACCAAAGAGCUCUCUGUAUGUGAAGCCCAGCUGCUGGAGCUCAAUCAUUUGUUACGAAGCAUGGAGGUGUUGCACCGCACCUAUUCUGCUCCAGCCAUCAACGCUCUGCAGGCUUCAAUGUACGACAGUCCGAAAAAAGAGAAGAGACAUCAACGGAAGUGGCGCCCCAAGAGUUAUGCGAAAGACAACAAAACAACAUUACAAGUUCCAAGCUGCAUCUCUUCAGGAUCUAUCCGUCUCCAUGCGUCCAAUCCUAACCUCUCUUCAGUCGAGCUGAUCAGUGACAAGAGUUUCCACGAGCAACUGGACUUGCCUAUAGAUGUAUCCAAACUUCAGGAAGACUUCUGCCGUGUCGCAAACAACCUUCAUGUAACCAUGAAGUCAGCCCUGAGUAUGCUGACAACAGAGAAAGAGAGAUUCAAACACGUGCUGGAGCAUGAGCCCUGUUCGUCCCCAUCCGCCCAGCUCCUGGGAUUGAAGAGUGCCCUGUCUGCUGCUGUAACGCAAAACGCUGAGCUGCGAGAGCGGCUGUGCAAGAUUCACGCCGAGUCACAUCUCCCUGAACCCUCUGUACAUAUAAACCUCAGCCCUGGCCCCCUACAGCCGCAAGACUCCAGCGAUGGUUCCCGCCCUCUUGUUCACCAGUUAUCCAAUGAGAGCAGAGCUUCCAUUACAGAGUCUCUUUCAGAGUUUUUCGACGCACAGGAAGUUCUGCUGUCAGCCAGUUCAUCAGAAAAUGAGCCUUCAGAAGAUGACUCAUAUAUCAGUGACAUCAGUGAUAAUGUGUCCAUGGAUAACUUCAGCAAUGAGACGGAGAAUGAGAGACUCAAUACAGGUUUCGUAGAGAAUGGCUGUUCUCGGGAACAGCGGCGGUCCUGUCUUCCCUCCCCCAGUCCCAACACCAGCAACAUCAGCUUGUGGCACAUCCUGAAGAACAACAUUGGAAAGGACCUAUCGAAAGUAGCCAUGCCCGUUCAACUCAAUGAACCCCUCAACACACUGCAGAGACUGUGCGAGGAGCUGGAGUACAGCGAACUCCUCGACCGGGCAGCGCACACACAAGACCCGUUCGAGCGCAUGGUGUACAUCGCAACGUUUGCCGUGUCAGGCUAUGCUUCCAGUUACUACAGAGCAGGAGGAAAACCCUUUAAUCCAGUUUUGGGUGAGACAUACGAGUGUGACCGUCCAGACAAAGGCUUUCGUUUUGUGGCCGAGCAGGUCAGCCAUCACCCCCCCAUAUCAGCAUGUCAUGCAGAGUCUAAAAACUUCAUCUUUUGGCAAGAUGUGAGAUGGAGAAAUAAGUUUUGGGGGAAGUCCAUGGAGAUUGUUCCUGUUGGCACUACACACGUGGUUCUCCCUGGUUUUGGCGAUCACUAUGAAUGGAAUAAAGUGACUUCAUGCAUCCACAACAUUUUAAGCGGGCAGCGCUGGGUCGAGCACUACGGUGAAAUCUCUAUCAAAAACUCCAACAGUGAGAAGUGUCAGUGUAAAGUCACCUUCAUCAAGGCAAAGUACUGGAACUCCACCAUGAACGAGGUGGAGGGAUCUGUCACAGACCACAAAGGGAAGGUCGUACACAAGCUGUUUGGUAAAUGGCACGAGGGCAUCUACUGUGGCUCACCACCCUCUGCUACCUGCAUCUGGAGGACGAACCCUAUGCCUCCUGACUAUGAGCAGUACUACGGAUUCACAAAGUACGCUAUGGAGUUAAAUGAGCUGGACUCUGUUACCAAACCAUUUCUUCCACCCACAGACACCAGGCUACGACUUGACCAGAGGUUAUUGGAGGAGGGAAAUGUUGAAGCUGCAGAGAUGCAGAAGCAGAGGAUUGAACAGCUGCAGAGGGAGAGACGCAGAGUCCUGGAGGAGAACAACAUAACACAUCAACCUCGCUUCUUCCAAAAAUCCAAAGACGACACCUGGGUGAGCAACAACACUUAUUGGGACUUAAGGAAAGAUCCUGGAUUUAGCAGUCUUGACUGUCCGGUUCUCUGGUAACUCCAGCCAUCGUUCAUCUGUGCAUUCUGACCAACUUUACAUCAUCAAGAGGAAACACACGCACACUUCGUGAGAUGAGAUAGAGACUGAUGAAUCUCCAAGAGACUAUUUAUCGAAAAGUGACAAAUGGAGCCACACCAGAAAUCAAAAUGCAAUCUUAAUAAUCAUUUGAUGUCCCAACAGUUCAGCUGCCUUAAAAUGCUUACAUUAUCUAUUAUAGUUUAUUUUAUGCAAUUGGAUUCAUUGAUGUAUGAGAGAUAUGCAGUCUUGACCCAGUUCAUGUUCUUGUUUUGCUGCUGUCAACCAUGCGCAUCACAAGAAAGCAACUAAGUAAAACUGUUGAUUUGUGAUCUCUUGUGGCUGAAUGUAGUACUGCAACUAUCCAACUCUUACUGAACCAGAAACAGUUUGUUUUGUUUGUUUAUUAUGUAUAGUAUGUUGUUGUCAGAACAAAACUGCAUUGUCUACCUCUUAAAAGGAAACUGUCGAGGAUUUUAUGGUGUAUAUUAGAGUAUGUUACUCAUCUGUCUAAGGCCUUAUAUACUAUUAUAUACAGUCUUUGCUAGAACUUUUAAUCGAAUCAUAUGUAUCGUUACAAAGUAUUGUAAUUUUAUGAAAGCCUUUAAUUCUAAGAUUAUUGAAUGAACAAGAGGAAUGUUUAAGGGCCUUGGAUAUAUUUACUGUACAUGCAUUUUAACUUAUUCAGCAGAUUGGCACAUGGCUCAACAUUACUAAACAUUACCACCACAUACGUGAGCCUGGCGGUGUUUUAAAGCUUCCAGACGUUUGACCUGUAACCUGUGCUCAUUUCACUCUGAACCAUGCACUACGAGUUGUUUGGGAGACCGGGUACUUGCGUGUUGACCACUGCAGUGUUUCCUCUCUCCAUCAAUAAAGUCCAUUUAAAGAU